GGGGACAACAUCACCCUGAUCCAGGCCAAGGACGGAGCCAAGUAGAAGGAAUACAUGGAGAAGGAGAACUCCCCCCCCCCAUCAUGCUCACUGUAUUAUGUCGCAGUGAUCAUGUUAUUUGUGUGUUAACUCGUACCUGCGUACAUGUAUUUUUCCAACUUUUUUUCUGAAAUUAUUAACAUCGUUUUUCAUUAAGGCAUUUUUGUCUUCAUCUAAAAAUCCGCAAAAAUUAAAUCCAAGAUGGCCGCAUAAAUUCAAGACGGUGUUUGUGGAUUUAAAAAUAUGUUAUUUUUCAGCUAGACAAUGGCGGCAACGAGGCGGCUCCAGAAGGAGUUGGGGGAUCUUAGGAAGUCGGGACUAAAAUCAUUUAGAGAUAUUCAGGUUGAUGAGUCUAAUCUUCUAGUCUGGCAGGGUCUACUGGUCCCUGACUCAGUCCCAUAUAAUAAGGGUGCGUUCCUGAUAGAUAUAGUGUUCCCUGCAGAAUAUCCAUUUAAGCCUCCCAAGAUUUCCUUUAAAACUAAAAUAUAUCACCCGAAUGUGGAUGAGAAAGGACAGGUUUGUCUCCCGAUUAUAGCUGCAGAGAACUGGAAACCAGCAACUAAAACAGAUCAGGUUAUUCAAGCUUUGGUGAACCUUGUCAAUGAACCUGAGCCUGAUCAUCCUCUUAGAGCAGACCUAGCAGAGGAGUAUACUCGGGAUAAGAAGAAGUUUAUGAAAGCAGCAGAGGAGUUCACAAAGAAGAACGGAGAGAAGAGACCUUCAGAUUAGAUACAGGGAAUGUAUGCUGUACUGCCCGUGAUACCAUCAGCUCCAUAAACACAGAAUAUUUAACACAAUAAAACACUGAUGAUUAUUUUAUUAUCGAUUUAAGUCAUAUUUGUCCUUUUUUUACUUUUCUGCUGGGUUACAGCAGAAAUAUUAUGGUGUGCUUACACGCGCGCCGCGAUCUUGUGAUUUUUCACCUUUUCUACGUUUAUUAUAUUGUACAAUAUACAUGAUAUAUUGUACAAUGUACAUGUAAAUUAAUCAUUUGCCAGUACUGUUAAGAGGCAGAACACAAAAUUUAAUUUAUUGUAAGAAAUAAAUAAAUGUCGCAAACUAA